AUGGACCUGCCUGAGGGCCAGUCGAGUGGCCCUGCUGCAGCAAUGUACCUCUGGGACCAACCCGAAGAUGGCAGUCUAAGGACACGUCUCAGCUUAGAGGAGCAAGUCCUCAACUCCACGUUUGAAGCCUGUGACCCCCAAAGGACAGGCACUGUGGCUGUGACCCAUGUGGUGGCCUACCUGGAGACUGUAACAGGACGAGGACCCAAGGAUGCAUGCCUCCAAACAUUGGCCCGCAGCCUGGAUCCCAACAGGGAGGGCCCUCAGGCCACUGUAGACCUAGACACCUUCCUGGCUGUCAUGCGGGACUGGAUUGCUGCCUGUCAACUGGACAGGGGAUUAGAGCUGGAAGAGGAGACCGCCUUCGAGGGGGCUCUGACCCCCCAGCAGCUGCCAUCUGGAUGCUCAGCAGCUGAAGAGUCAGCCAACCUGGAGAGCUUUGGAGACGAAGAAGACCCCAGACCUGAGCUGCCUGCCACAGCCGACCUGCUGAGCACCCUGGAGGACCUGGAGCUCAGCAACCGGCGGCUAACUGAGGAAAACACCAAGCUCCAGCGGAGCCUAGAGACAGCCGAGGAGGGCAACACACACCUGGGCGAGGAGAUGGUGGCCCUGCGCAGGCAGCUCCGCAGUGCCCAGCAGGCUCUGCAGUUUGCCAAGGCUGUGGAGGAAGAGCUGGAGGACCUGAAGACCCUGGCCAAGAGCCUGGAGGAACAGAAUCGAGGCCUCCUGGCCCAGGCCCGGCAGAUGGAGAAGGAGCAGCAGCACCUGGUGGCCAAGAUGGAGACUCUGCAGGAGGAGAAUGGGAAGUUACUGGCGGAGCGCGACGGUGUGAAGAAGCGGAGUGAGGAGCUGGCCAUGGAGAAGGAAGCCUUGAAGCGACAAAUCUAUGAGUGUGAGUGCCUCAUCUGCCAGCGAGAUGCCAUCCUCUCUGAGCGCACCUGCCACGCAGAGAGCCUGGCCAAGUCCCUGGAGGAGUAUAAAGUAACCACCGAGGAGCUGAGGCUGGAGAUUUCACAUCUGGAGGAACAGCUGAGUCAGAGCCAUGAGGGGCCUGAUGAGCUGUCUGAAGGGGCACAGGCAAGAAGAGUUGGCUGGAACAAGCUGCUGCCUCUGUCACUGGGCUCAGAGAUCCAAGCCAUUCAACAGAAACAAGAUGUGGUAGCUUUGGAGGAACUCUGGAGCCCACUGUGUGGGGUGUGGCAGGGCGAGGAAGUUGUAGGUGAGACCGAAGAAGCCGUGUUUCUACCUGAAGCCCCACCUGGGGGACAGAGAAGCUUCCAAGAAGGGCUCAUGUACCCGUACCCCCAAGAGCAGAGCCAGCACUCCGUGUGGCUGCCCAGAAGAGAGGAAGAGGCUAAGGAGCAGGAAGUGGAGGUUCCACUACUGGCUGAGCUCCCCAUCCCUCUGGGAGCCCCUCACCCUGAAGCCCUCCCAGGAAGCCCACCAGUGAGGGAAGCGGAAGCCGACCUCCAGCGAGCCCUGGUGCCUGUACUGGGGACCAAAGAGCUGGUUCCAGUCACAGAGCGACACUGGGGCCAGCCCAGCCUGCCCUUCCUGCAGGCCCAGCAGCUCAGGGUCACAUGGCACCCGCUGCUCCCGGCACCGGUGCUGGGCCUUCUGCUCCUACUGCUGCUGUCCGUCCUGCUAUUGGGCCAGUCCCCACCCCCCAGCUGGCCCCACCUGCAGCUCAGCUACCUGCAGCCCCCCCCAGUGUGA